UAAAUACCAGUUAAAAGAAAAACCCUAACCCUAAGCAGAAGUCGCAAUCCUCCCUCAGCACCUGUAAUCAGAAUCGUCAAACACAAAAAAUGGGUAAGGUCCACGGAUCUUUGGCACGCGCCGGGAAAGUGAGAGGGCAAACUCCGAAGGUAGCCAAGCAAGACAAGAAGAAGAAACCCAGGGGUCGCGCCUAUAAAAGGAUGCAGUACAACCGCCGUUUCGUCACUGCCGUUGUUGGUUUCGGGAAGAAGCGAGGACCCAACUCUUCGGAGAAGUGAGAUUGGACUUCUUAGAGUCCUCCAUUGUAGGAUGUUUGAAAGUCUGAUGGGAACAUUUAUAUAUUGAUCAUUUUCUGGCUUCAUUAGCAUUAUAUUGUUCUUAGUUUGUAUCCAUUUGCUGGUUUAAGAAAACUAUAAUACUGGUAUCCAUUGAUUUCGAAUAUUUACUAAGUGCCUUGUUUUCUCGUC